AUGGCGGCGCGCCGGGGACGGAGAGACGGAGUCGCGCCGCCUCUGGGAGGGAGCCCCGGGCCAGGACCCGGCGGUGGAGUCCGCAGCAGUGGUUGGGGGAGUCGAAGCCAAGCGCCGUAUGGAGCCUUGGGCUCUGUGAGUGGCGGGGAGCAGGUGCUGCUGCACGAAGAAGGAGAUGAUUCUGGCUUUGUCAGUCUGUCUCGUUUGGGCCCUUCUCUGAAAGACAAAGACCUGGAGAUGGAGGAGCUGAUGUUGCAGGAUGAGACAUUGCUGGGGACCAUGCAGAGCUAUAUGGAUGCCUCCAUUAUUUCCUUCAUUGAGGAUUUUGGGAGCCUUGGAGAGAGCAGGUUAUCUCUGGAGGAUCAGAAUGAAGUGUCGCUGCUCACAGCCUUGACUGAGAUCUUGGACAAUGCAGAUUCAGAGAACCUAUCUCCGUUUGACAGCAUACCUGACUCAGAGCUGCUUGUGUCACCUCGAGAAGGCACUUCUCUGCACAAGCUACUUACCCUGUCUCGGACACCUCCAGAUCGCGACCUCAUCACCCCGGUUGACCCAUUGGGACCUACCACAGGCAGUAGCAGAGUCGAUAUAUCUGUCACAGAUUCUUGGGAUUUCUCCCCACCUUCUUUCUUGGAGACCUCCUCUCCCAAGCUUCCUAGUUGGAGGACCCCGAGAUCACGACCCCGUUGGGGCCAGUCUCCCCCUCCACAACAGCGUAGUGAUGGAGAAGAGGAGGAGGAGGCAGCUAGCUUCGGUAGCCAGGUGCUUGCUGGGGAGCUUGACAACUCUGAGAGUAGCGUCCCAGACUUCCCCAUGCACCUUGCCUGCCCUGAGGAGGAAGAUGAGACAGCAGCAACAGAGAUGGCAGUGUUGGCAGCUGGUGACGAGAGCAUCUCCUCCCUGAGUGAGUUGGUACGAGCCAUGCAUCCAUACUGUCUGCCCAACCUCACCCACCUGAUGUCAUUUGAGGAUGAGCUUCAGGAACAUCUGGAUGACUUGACUCUACCUGAGAAUUGUGUGGUAUUGGAGAUUGUUGGCCAAGCGGCUACAGCUGGUGAUGAACUGGAGAUCCCAGUUGUAGUGCGGCAGAUCCCUACUGGGCCACAGCCUAUGCUCAUGGAUGGCUCACUAGAGGCUACUCCAGCCUUGCAGUUGCUUGUGUCCACACCGGAAUCUGAGACGGAGACUGUUGUGUCUCCGGAAGAGGAAAAGCUGGAAUCAACAUGCAUGUUGGAGUCCAGAGAGGUCAUGGAGCCAGUGGUGCCCAAGAAACCUCAAAAUUCACCUGCAAAUGCAGUGCUUGGUUCCCAAAGAGCUCGAAGAGGCAGGAAGAAGAAGAACAAAGAGGAGCCAGCAGCCUAUGUGGAAGGCUGUGCCAGGAGGCUGAGGUCAUCAUCUCGUAGUCAGUCUACCAUGGUUUUUGAGGUCACCUCUCAGGCAGGCAGCUUGCAGGAGAAGUCUCAGGAGGAACAUCAAAGAGAGCUUGGUCCUCCCAGAGGUAGAGGGAAGCCCCGGGCUUGGGCUCGGGCCUGGGCAACUGCCUUGGAAAAGCCCAGCUCUGCAAACUUGGAACGUGGUGCUGGACAAGUUAGCCCUGCUAAAGAUGAACUUUUAGAUCUCUACCCCAAGGUGGUUGACACCGUCCAAACCAAACCUGUUCCAGUCCCGUUCUCAUUAGUUGACUCUGCUCAAGCUGACUGCAUGCCAGUUGACUCUGUUGAAUCUAAUCCCACUGCAAUAGAACCCUUUCUAGCUGACCCUGUAGCUGUUGACCCUGCUUUGGUUGACCCUAGUUCAGCCAACUCAGAACUAGUGGACCCUCUCCCAGCUGACCAAGCUCUAAUUGAGCCUGUUUUGGCUGACUCAGCAGUCAUCGAUCCUACAGUGGUGGCUCCCAUCUCAGAUGAUUUGCCACCAGUUGACCCUGUUCCUGUCAACCCAGCACCACUUGACCCUGUUCCUAAUGACCUUGCUCCAGUUAAACCUGUGCUAGUUAGGCCUAGGCCAACUGAUCCCAGGCGUGGUGCAGUGUCAUCAGCUCAGGGGAACCCAGCUUCCCAGUUGCUCUUGGAAUUGGAGUCCUCAGAUCACCCAAAAGCCAUCAUCCCUGAAGUCAAGGAGGUUGGAAGUAGUAUUAAUGCCACAACCCAGGAAGCUAGACCUCGACCUCUCAGCCUAUCUGAGUACUGGCGACGAAGACAGCAACGCCAAACAGACACAGAAGAGAGGAGUCCCCAGCCUCCAGCUGGGAAGUGGCCCAGUCUCCCAGAGACCCCCACAGGGUUGGCAGACAUCCCUUGUCUUGUCAUUCCACCAGCCCCAGCCAAGAAGAUGGCUGUGCAGAGAAGUCCUGAAGCUCCCCUUGAGGUUCCCGCUGAGGCUUGUGUUGUGCCUGUGGGUCCCAGCCUUAUUACUCCCACUUCUGAACUGUCUUCAAGCAAACCUGUGACCUCAGUUCCCACUGAACAGGUGCCAUCCCAAGAGAUGCCACUGCCUGUAAGGCCUCCACCUCCUGUGCAAACCGUAUCUCCUGUCAGGCCCAUGCCUCCCAUAAUGCCUACUCUGCCUUUUCCCCCAGGUGGGCUAAGCAUGUCCCUCAUGCUGCCCCUUCCUCCAAGUGGGCAAGGGGUCCCCAGCUUGCCCCCACCACCUUUGCAACCUCCUAGUCUUCCAAUGCCUAUGGGGCCAGUGCCACCUGAUCCCUACAGCCAUUAUGCUUCUGUGCCACCCUGGCCUUGUUAUCCACCUGUGCCCCCUUCUGGAUAUCCUUGCCUGCCCCCACCACCACCGGGACCCCUUAUAUCUGGUACUCCUGGCUCCUAUGCUGUGCCCCCCACUUGCAAUGUGCCUUGGGCACCCCCUCCUGCCCCAGUCCCACCUUACAGUUCCACCUGUUCCUAUGGGCCAUUGGGAUGGGGCUCAGGGCCGCAGCAUCCUCCGUUCUGGCCUAAUGUGCCUCCACCUCCUUUACCUCCAACUUCUGUUGGGAGAGUUGGUCCUCCACCUAAAGUAGAGCCCAGUGUCAUCCCAGCUGGCCUUCCUGAAAGUGUACUUCCUAUGGCUGUGGCUCCUCCAGUCAGUCUUGGGCCUACUGGUCAGGGAGUUCCACAGAUAGAACCCACCAAGGUAGAUGUCAAGCCAGUACCUACAUCUCCCCAUGUGAAGCACAAGGUGUCUUUCCCGGUGCGAAGCCCCCAGACCCAGGCUCCUCCCUCUCUGCCUGCUGAGAGUGUGGCUGUUGAGGAGGUUGUAUCAGAGAAGCCAAAACCUGAGACCCAGGAGACGAGCCACCAGGAGAAGCUUCCCUCUUCUUGCAAGGCUGUGCUUACUACAAAGCAGAGCACUGGCCCCAAGUUGCCUGUUGUCCACCCAGCAUGUCUAAGGAAGCUAUCCUUCCUGCCUACCCCAUGUACCCAGGGCCCUGAGGACGUGGUACAGGCUUUCAUCAGUGAGAUUGGGAUUGAGGCAUCGGACCUGUCCAGUCUUUUGGAGCAGUUUGAGAAAUCAGAAGCCAAAAAGGAGAGCCUUUCCCUGGCUCCUGUUGACAGCUUGACUGUGGGAAACUCAAGCAGCGUUGACACUCCCCAGGAGAAGAGGCCCCUAGACCGGUUACAAGCCCCAGAACUGGCCAACGUGGCAGGACUUACCCCUCCAGCUACCCCUCCCCACCAGUUAUGGAAGCCCCUGGCGGCUGUCUCACUGCUGGCCAAAGCCAAAUCUCCUAAGUCCACCAUCCAGGAGGGGAUUCUGAAGCCUGAAGGAAUUACAGAGGUCAAACAUCCAGCUGCAGCCCGCCUCCAAGAAGGGGUCCAUGGCCCUAGUCCAGUCCAUGUGGGCUCUGGGGACCAUGACUAUUGUGUCCGGAGCAGGACCCCACAGAAAAAGAUGCCUGCCUUAGUCAUUCCAGAGGUGGGUUCUAGAUGGAACAUCAAACGUCAUCAGGACAUCACCAUCAAGCCUGUGUUGUCCCUGGGCCUAGCUGCCCCUGCUCCCCCCCACACUGCUGCCUCCCAGGAGCCACUGGAUCACAGGACUAGCAAUGAACAGGCAGAUCCUCCAGCCCCUUACCUUGCCCCAACCACUUUGUUGUCCCCUGAGGCCUCACCCUGUCGGAAUGACACAAACACUAGGACUUCCCCUGCAUCCUCAGUCAAGCAGCGAUCAGUGCGCUGUUACCGCAAAGCCUGCAGGUCACCCAGCCCCCAAAGCCAAUGUUGGCAGGGCCGCCGAGGCAGCAGCAGCCGUUCUGUCAGCUCUGGGUCCAACGGGGCCAGCGAAGCAUCUUCCUCCUCAUCGUCGUCUUCCUCAUCCCGAUCCCGGUCCAGGUCCCUCUCCCCCCCACACAAGAGGUGGCGAAGGUCCAGCUGUAGUUCCUCUGGACGCUCACGAAGAUGUGCUUCUUCCUCCUCAUCCUCCUCGUCUUCCUCAUCCUCAUCCAGUUCUCGAAGUCGUUCCCGCUCCCUAUCUCCUCACCGGAGAAGUGACAGGAGGUGGCGGUACAACGCUUACCAUUCACAUGACUAUUCCCAAAGGCAGAGAGUGCUGCAGAAGGAGCGUGCAAUAGAAGAGAGAAGGGUGGUCUUUAUUGGGAAGAUACCUGGCCGCAUGACUCGGUCAGAGCUGAAACAGAGGUUCUCUGUUUUUGGUGAGAUUGAGGAGUGUACCAUCCACUUCCGUGUCCAAGGUGACAACUAUGGCUUCGUCACUUACCGCUAUGCUGAGGAGGCAUUUGCAGCUAUUGAGAGUGGUCACAAGCUUCGGCAGGCAGACGAACAACCUUUUGAUCUCUGCUUUGGAGGUCGCAGGCAAUUCUGCAAGAGAAGCUAUUCUGAUCUUGACUCCAACCGGGAAGACUUUGACCCUGCUCCUGUAAAGAGCAAAUUUGAUUCUCUUGACUUUGACACAUUGUUGAAACAGGCCCAGAAGAACCUCCGGAGGUAA